ACGCAACGGCACAAGGCGUCAAGGCCACAAUGCCUGCCUAAUCCCCUGCCUGCGGCCACACGUUUGUCACCGCGCGAACCGAGGGGUUUUUACUGCACCGGCCGGUCGGUGAGGGCGUAGUACGUCCGAGGUCGGGGGCUUGCAGCGACCGCACCGCACGCCCGCCGGCACUGGGCAGGGACGCAGGGUGCGGCUCUGGAGCCUAGCGCGUUUCUGGCAAGUGGCAACUGGUUCUGGGAUGCGCAUGCGCUCGCGAACCGGAGACGGAGGAGUAUGCUAAUGGCAGCGCUGCAUUGCAGGCCCACUGCGGGCAUUUGUGGGCCUGAUUGCGCUCGUUGCAGGCCUCAAGUUCUGGGGACACGACGGCCCAACCAAACCCACCACACCUUGUUCCGUGUGGCCCCUUGUCGUUUCACCGUUCCGAGAGGGCGGCACUGGUGACGUCACUCACCCAUCGCUUCGGUCCGGUCGCGUGCGCUUCACGCAGCGGCUCCUCCCCACUCCUCUCACGGUCACGGUCACACCACACCGCCGGUGCCCACCGCUUCAGUCGCAAGUCGCUCCAACAAUCCACAGCACCAACGCCCGGCCCAACGCUGCGCCACCGGCGACCCGAAUCCCCCCUCCUCCCUUGAGAUCCGCGGCGCCGAAUUAAAGAGCGAUGGCGACGGAGCUGACGGCGGCGCAGCUGCGGGCGUACGACGGCACCGACCCGUCCAAGCCCAUCUACGUCUCCAUCCGAGGCAAGGUCUACGACGUCACCUCCGGCCGCGGAUUCUACGGCCCCGGCGGCUCCUACGCCGUCUUCGCGGGCCGCGAGGCCAGCCGCGCCCUCGGCAAGAUGUCCAAGGACGAGGCCGACGUCUCAGGGGACCUCUCCGGGCUCACCGACAAGGAGCUCGGCGUCCUCGCCGACUGGGAGACCAAGUUCCAGGCCAAGUACCCCGUCGUCGCCCGCCUCGCCGACGCCUGAACUCGGCAGUCUCAGGCUCAACCACCCCCAAUCAGCCGCGAGGAGCAGCUCUCUGCUGCGGCCAAGUGUCAGUGUAAACUCUGUCCUGCCUCUUGCAGUGUUGUUCACUGUUGUGCUUGCUUGUUUGUUGCUACCCAAUAAUCUGUGAAUGGAAGGAUGUAUGUGGCUGUGAAUUAUUCCUAGUCCUUGCAUACAGUGCUACCACAUGCCAUGAUUUAUGUGCUUUGGUUGUUGUGUAAUUCCAUGACCAAUAAUCUGUAUGAAGGAUUGGGGUUGGUUUAUAAUUAUGUCAUUGAGCUGAGUGGCUUUGUAUA